CUCCCACGCGAAGAAGGUGAAUCAAGGGGUUUCGUCAUCGUCGUCCCCAAGUCGAAGAAGCCAGUACGAAGCCAAUACGUAGCCCAAGGGUGUCGUGGUGGACGGCGCAGAGGUCACGACCUUUGCUGCUCAGCGAACAGAGAAAUGGCCACCAUCCAUAUAACACUGUGUAUUAAUCAUAGAGGACGGUUUGAGAGAGGGCCUGGUGGGUCAAUUAGUUAUACUGGUGGUGAAGUCACAGAAAUCAAUAGGGUGAACGUUGAUACACUGAACGGUUUUUUUAUAACUGAUUUGUUGAAGGACAUUGGAUAUACGUCCGUUUCUAAUUUUUACUGGCAAGAACCGGGGAAGGAGCUUCAUGAUGGGUUGAGGGACCUAAGGGUUGAUAUGGACGUAGUUAGAAUGUAUGAGGCAGCCGUGAAGAAUGGUAACAAAAUCAAUGUGUAUACAGAGCAUCCGGUGGACCAGGCUGUGAUUGUUGAGGAGAAUUAUAUGACUCCGUCAAAGAGGAGAGUAAAGACAUGUGCCAAAAGGACGCCAACACCAAAGAAGAGUCCAAAGAGAAGAUUGGUAGUAGUGGAAGAUCAUGAUGAUGCUGAAAUUGUAGGUAAUGUGCAAGUUGUGAAAGAGGACCAAAGAAGGGGUGAGGCCCAGAACAUGGUAGAGGCCCAUGAAGAAAAUAAACAGGCUGAAGUUGUGGCCCAAAAAGAGGACAGUCACAGUGUGCCCCAGGAGACAGCAGAUCCACCACCAGCAUCAUCCCAUAAAGCAGAAUAGUUUUCUCAGCCUCCUCCAACCCCUGUCUUACCAGAUCAGCCACCAUCAAGUCAGUCACAACCCUCCCAGCAGCCUGAAGCCAAUGUUUUUGAACCUGUUGAACCCGAACAACUUACCCAAUACACCCCACAGCCGUGUAGGAAUCCACUUUCCCAAUCGAUCCCUGAUUCAGGCCGAUCCUCUGAUUCCAAUAGGAUCCCCCAAACUAAUCAAAGCAAUCCUUCAUUUGAGGUUGAUGGAGGGCAAAAGGGGAAAAAGAGGAGAUCAACCAGGAGGCCUCCCCCUACAGGACAAUCCUUUAUCCCGAACCCUGAUCCGGACAAGCCACCAACCUUUUAUGUGCCAGUUCAGGAGGAUGAAUUUUCUGAUGAAAACCCUGGACAUCAUUGCUAUUCUUCAGAGGACUUGCAUAGCAUAGCAAGUGACGAUGAUACUGAGACUUCAGUUUUUCCUCAGAGCAAUGCUGAUGCCCCGGUUAGCCAGGUGAGGUUGGAAUUGGGGAUGGAGUUUGAGACUCUCAACCAGUUCAGGAAGGCUGUCUGAAAGUUUAAUAUCCACAUUGGCAGGAGCAUAUUCUUUGCUCGUUGUGACUCAACAAGAUCCAAGGCUAUAUGCUAUGAUGAGGACUGUCCUUGGCAAAUCUACUGUGCCAAGAGAACGUUUUCCGCAAGUUAUCAGGUAAAGACAUUUGUCAAUGAACACACUUGUAGCAGAGAUAAUCACUGUAAGUCAGCAGAUGGGAAAUGGGUAAUAGAUGAGCUAGAGGAGAGGAUUAGAGUUCAACCAAACUUGACAGUGAGGGAGGCUGACCAAUACUUCAGGUCUGAGUAUGAUGUACUCAUCAAUGAGAGGAAAAUUUACAGAUCUAUGAAGAAGGCGAAGGAGAGGAUUGAGGGUUCCGAGAUUGCACAGUAUGCAAGACUUCGUGAUUAUGGUAAUGAAAUACUAAAGACUAACCCUGGCUCGACAGUAAGGAUACAUACGAAUCCUAUGCCUGAUUCGAAUCCUUUGUUUCUGAGGAUAUAUGUAUGCUUUGAUGCGUGCAAGAAGGGAUUUGUGGGAGGAUGUAGACCUUUAAUAGGUUUGGAUGGGACCUUUCUUAGAGGGUACUACGGGGGGCAGUUAUUGACAGCAAUAGGACAGGAUGCAAAUAAUCAUAUCUUUCCUAUUGCCUAUGCAAUUGUG